GCUGACGGAAAUGCCGGGCUGCUGGCAGAGCCUCAAAUCGCCAUGUUCUGUGGGAAACUCAACAUGCAUAUGAACGUGCAGAAUGGCAAGUGGGAAUCGGACCCCUCUGGCACCAAGACCUGCAUUGGGACAAAGGAAGGGAUUCUCCAGUACUGCCAGGAAGUCUACCCUGAAUUACAAAUCACCAAUGUUGUUGAAGCCAACCAGCCAGUUACGAUCCAGAACUGGUGCAAGAGGGGAUGGAAGCAAUGCAACGGCCACCCCCAUAUUGUGGUUCCCUACAGGUGUUUGGUGGGUGAGUUUGUGAGUGAUGCCCUUCUGGUACCAGACAAGUGCAAAUUCCUUCACCAGGAAAGAAUGGAUGUGUGUGAAACUCACCUGCACUGGCAUACUGUUGCUAAAGAGUCCUGUAGUGAGAAGAGCAUGAAUCUGCAUGACUAUGGCAUGCUGCUGCCUUGUGGAAUUGACAAGUUUCGUGGUGUGGAGUUCGUUUGCUGCCCAUUAGCUGAGGAAAGUGACAAUCUUGAUUCAGCUGAUGCUGAAGAUGAUGAUUCAGAUGUCUGGUGGGGAGGUGCAGAUGCAGAUUAUGCAGAUGGAAGUGAUGAUAAGGUAGUAGAAGAACAACCAGAGGAAGAUGAGGAGCUAACUGUUGUGGAAGAUGAGGAUGCUGAUGACGAUGAUGAUGAUGGUGAUGAAAUUGAGGAAGAGACAGAGGAAGAGUAUGAAGAGGCAACCGAAAGAACUACCAGUAUUGCAACCACUACCACCACAACUACAGAGUCUGUGGAAGAGGUUGUCAGAGAGGUGUGCUCUGAGCAAGCCGAGACUGGUCCCUGCCGCGCCAUGAUCUCCCGCUGGUACUUUGACGUGGCCGAAGGAAAGUGCGCGCCCUUCUUUUACGGCGGCUGUGGCGGGAACCGGAACAACUUUGACUCGGAGGAGUACUGCUUGGCGGUCUGUGGCAGCGUCAGUAAUCCAACCCUCCUACACACUAGUGCAGAGCCAGCCCCAUUUGACAUUGAUAAAUUUCCUACCACAGCUGCUAGCACUCCUGAUGCUGUUGACAAAUAUUUGGAGGCACCUGGAGAUGAGAAUGAACAUGCCCAUUUCCAGAAAGCCAAGGAAAGGCUUGAAGCUAAGCACCGUGAAAGGAUGUCUCAGGUCAUGAGAGAGUGGGAAGAGGCAGAACGCCAAGCAAAGAACUUGCCAAAGGCUGACAAGAAAGCUGUUAUCCAGCAUUUCCAGGAGAAAGUGGAAUCACUGGAACAAGAAGCAGCAAAUGAAAGACAACAGCUGGUGGAGACUCAUAUGGCACGGGUGGAAGCCAUGCUGAAUGACCGUCGCCGCAUUGCCCUGGAGAACUAUAUCACAGCCCUGCAGACUGUCCCACCCAGACCACGUCACGUAUUCAACAUGCUGAAGAAGUACGUGCGUGCUGAGCAGAAAGACAGACAGCAUACUCUGAAACACUUCGAACACGUUCGCAUGGUAGACCCAAAGAAAGCUGCCCAAAUCAGAUCUCAGGUUAUGACACAUCUACGUGUGAUAUAUGAACGCAUGAACCAGUCUCUUUCCUUCCUCUAUAACGUGCCUGCUGUGGCAGAAGAGAUCCAGGAUGAAGUUGAUGAAUUGCUUCAGAAAGAGCAAAACUAUUCUGAUGACGUUUUGGCCAAUAUGAUUAACGAACCCAGGAUCAGCUAUGGAAAUGACGCUCUUAUGCCUUCAUUGACGGAAACUAAGACCACAGUUGAACUUCUUCCAGUGGAUGGAGAGUUCAGCCUAGAUGACCUUCAGCCAUGGCAUCCCUUUAAUGUUGAUUCUGUUCCAGCCAAUACUGAAAAUGAAGGCUCCGGGCUGACCAACGUUAAGACAGAAGAGAUAUCCGAAGUGAAGAUGGAUGCGGAGUUCCGGCAUGACUCAGGAUAUGAAGUUCAUCAUCAAAAGCUGGUGUUCUUUGCUGAAGAUGUGGGUUCAAAUAAAGGUGCCAUCAUUGGACUAAUGGUGGGAGGUGUUGUCAUAGCAACAGUGAUUGUCAUUACUUUGGUGAUGCUGAAGAAGAAGCAGUACACAUCUAUUCAUCAUGGAGUUGUGGAGGUGGAUGCUGCAGUGACACCAGAGGAGCGCCACCUUUCCAAGAUGCAGCAAAAUGGCUACGAAAAUCCCACCUACAAGUUCUUUGAACAAAUGCAGAACUAGGACACCACAGCAGCCUCAUGAGUUGGACAGCAGAAUGAUUGCUUCACUGCCCGUCGGUGUUCAGUUAUAGAAUAAUGUGGAAAGAAAGAAAAACACUCUGUUUUAUUAUUUACUCAUUCUCGCCUUUUGACAGCUGUGCUGUAACACAAGUAGAUGCCUGAACUUGAAUUAAUAAAAUCAGUAAUGUAUUUUCUCUCUCUUUCUCUUUACAUUUCAGUCUUUACACUACAUUAUUAAUGAAUGUUUUUUGUGUACUGUAAAGAAGUUAGCUGUAUUUAACUAGUGCAUGGGUAGAUUCUCUUUCCCGAUUAUUUAUCAUGUAGCUCCUUAGCCAGUUGUAUAUUAUUCUUGUGAUUUGUGACAAAAAUUAAGUCCUGAUUGAAAUAUGCUUUAAGAAUUGAUGGGGGAUGCUUUCUGUGUCUGUGGGGUUUAGCUGCUUCUCUUUGCUGAGCAUUUUUUUCUGAUCACUAUGCAUUUUAAAGUAAAAUGACAUUUUUUUAAAAAUUAUUCCAGAUGAGUUAUUGAAAUUCUUUUCCUCUGCAGCUGCAUUUUAUUGUACAGAUUGUUGCUCCUGCUGUAUUAGUGGCGUAGAAAUCAUGGGAAUACACAUUUGUUUCUUUGUGCCUGUUUUAUGUGCACACUUUAGGCAUUGAAAGGUAAACUUUAUUUUCUUUUCCAUGUAUCUUUUGAAUCUUAAAUAUUAAAAAGAAUCCCUGUUAAUUGUGAGCACUUCUGGCAGGGGAAAAGUGCCUGCUGGUCGAAAAUUAACAGGGAUCCUUUGCAGGAUGAUUGUACAGAGCCAUUGCUUAGGAAUUGAUAGCUUUCUACACUGUGUUACAUAAAUAAAUCAAGAAAAAAACAUUUGGACAAGAGUUUUCUUUGGAGGCAGAAAACAGUGAUUUCUGAAGGCCGCAUAAGGAGAAAACAUGGGUGUUCACACUGAGAGAGGGCUGGAAAGGGAUUUUCCUACAAGGAUCGCAACACUCGCGGUCGGACUAGAGUAGAAGGAAAGCAGCAGCAAGAUGGGGAGGGGAGUGAGGGGCACUGACUUUGGCACACCUGCCCCUCUAAGACAUCGUCUCUUUUUUUCUUUUCCUCUCUUUCAGUUUGUAUAAUAGUGUUUUAAUGUAAAUAAAUACAUUCCUGGAGGA